CGUACACUCGCCAUAUGGUCCAUUAUUAUUGCUGCAUCGACGUCGUGUAGAAGAAGGAGGAGAGCCUGACUGGCAGAAAGAGAGAAGAGGGAGAGAGACACACAGAGAGAGAGAGACAGAGACACUGGCUGGCAUCUGGACCCUCUUGGACGAAGCCCACUUGUGCGCACAAUGAAGACUGCAGCGCCCAUGCGCUCGGCGCUCACUACCACUCUGCUGACCUCGCCUCACCUCGCCGCCGCCGCCAUCUCCUCCUGGUCCGACAUUCCCUCGCUGCUGUCGCGCAGCGUCGCAGGAUUAGAACGCGUCGCGAAAAGAGCCGAGAACACCACGACCAUCCCCGCGGCAUUGAGCAUUGCUGCGGCGCAGAAUUGGGAUGGGAACGAUGGGCCAUGGUCUUCUUUUCCGCUGCAGAUUGGUGUGCAGCCGCAGACGGUGCGCGCCAUGAUUGGCACGGCCGUCACCUCCGUCUUGACAGUAGCAGCAGGCGGCUGCCCGAGCUUCUAUCCAUCCAACUGUGAGACGUCGCGCGGCCAGAUCUUUAAUACCAAUGAGUCCUUGACGUGGGUGCCGAAUAGCAUAUACGAUGUUGGCAUUGAGCAGAAUCUGGGACUGGAUACCUCUGGAUCGGCAGGAUUCGAUAGCGUCACGAUAGGAUGGCCGGGUGCGACACAGGCCAGCGUGCAGCGUAACGUGGUGUUCAAUCUGGAGAGCCCGAACUUCUGGCUGGGCAUCUUCGGACUCAACCCACGCCCGACCAACUUCACCACGAGCUCGAGUUCGACGACCUUCAACGAUCCACAACCCUCUUUCCUCCAGCAGUUGGUCAACAACAGGUCCAUUCCAUCCUUGUCCUGGGCGUACACUGCUGGAAACCAAUACCGACUAGAUGGCAACAACCUCGGCUCACUUACACUGGGAGGAUACGAUGAGAGCCGGUACAGUCCCACCAAGAACCUGACGAUACCCUUUGGGAGCGAUAUCAGCAGAGACUUGCUCGUGAACCUGCGCGCAAUCACCACUGAUGCCGGCUCGCCCUCCAACCUCCUCCCGGAUGGCAAUAUUCAAAUCUUCUUGGACUCCACCGUCUCCCAACUAUGGCUACCAGAGUCUGCUUGCACUGCAUUCGAGGAGGCAUUUGGUCUGACGUACGAUUCCGACUUCAACUUCUACCUGGUCAACGACACCCUCCACGAGUCUCUGUUGUCGACGAAUGCCAAUGUCACCUUCACCUUGGCCACUGCUGCCUCGGGAGGCCAGACCAUGGAUAUUGUCUUCCCAUAUGGCGCCUUUGACCUUACUCUCGAGUUCCCAAAUAUCAUGAACCCGAACACAUCCAACUACUUUCCUUUGAAACGAGCAAGCAACUCCACACAAUACACACUAGGCCGAACAUUCUUCCAGGAAGCUUAUUUAAUAGCCGACUAUGACCGCCAAAACUUCACCAUCGCCCCCUGUGAGUGGGACGCGACACGAAUCGCAUCGCAGAGCAUCAAGUCCAUCAUCCGCGCCAACGAAACGAGCCUGGCCGAUGGCGGCAAUGGCGGCUCAUCCAACACCGGCGCCAUCGCAGGUGGAGUUGUCGGCGGCGUCGUUGGCCUCGUAGCAAUCAUCGGCCUCAUUCUCUUCCUCGUGCGCCGCAAAAAGAAGACGGAACGUCAACGCCUCGCCGAACUCGACUCCAAAUCCGCAAGCGCAGCAGGCGGUGCCGCAGGCGGAGCAGCAGGAGGCCAUUCCCCCGAAACCAAAACCUCCACCGACACAGACGGCAAACCCUUCAUCUCGCCUCCCAUCGGCGGCGAACUGGGCGGCGGCGAAAUCCACGAAUUGACGGCCCCCCACAAGGAAGCUCCCGCCGAAAUGGACAGCCCUUACCACGUCGCGGAUCCGAACAAACACGGCUACUCGGAAAUGGAGAGCUCCGGUACGGAAUUUUUCGCGCCGAGUAAAGGUGUGCCUGCGGAAAUGCGAGGCGAGACGCCCAUUUAUGAAAUGGCGGGGUCGGAUGUGCAGGAAUUACCUGCGCCAAGGGUGAAUCUGAGUGAUCGAAAAGUGGGGAGAAAAUGAUAUCUUUUUGUUUUUUGAUUAAUCGUUUGUAUUUGUGUUGUAUUUUUUUCAUGAAGAAUCCGGAUGGAUUGGGCGUUUUCUUCGGUGUGUAUGUGUGAGCGAAGACUGCGGACUGGAAAUUGUCUUUUUUGUUUGUGUAGAGUGUGAUGUAAGAUCUCUGUCUCUGACUCUCUCUUUCCCUAUGGGAAGAAGUUCAUAUAUCAGGUACCUAGCUACAUACAUGUACCUACCUACCUACCUACCCACCUACCG